AUGGUAAUAGUCUCGACCAGCUUCAGGCUGGUCACAGGGUUGUCGUCAGCGUUGUCUCUGCUGAGCUUCGUGAGCGACGGCCGCGUGGCCAGCGUCUUCAAAUGCGGGGCGGCGUGUCGCGCGGACGACCGAUGCGGGGGCUUCGUCUGGGAUGUGGAUGCCGUUGCUCCAUGUCGCUUCGUUGUGGACCCAGCGGUGGUCGGGAACGUGUCUACGAACGUGUCGGCCGCGUACGUCAUGGCCAACAACUACGCCGGUAACUCCGCUAUCUUGGAAAUCGCUACGCCUUUCUUGAAUUGGGAGCAAGCGACCCUGAAGUGCAAGAGCCUCAACAUGAGGCUCGUGACGUAUCCGAUGACCAACAGGGACCGUGCCAUUCUAGCGAUCAGGAAACUCGAAUUGUUCUACGUGGACCUGAAACGCCAGGCUGACGGCACCUACGCUUCAAGCAACAAAGCCAUGGUCCUUCCAAGCAACUAUGGAUUCCAGUGGUACCCCGGCAACCCAGACUUGGGAAUUGAA